ACAUUUUUGGACUCGACAUACUUUUAGGAAUUUUAUAGAACUUAGACAUACAGAUCUUUAGGCCUAUUAAAUAAUCUAAUUAUGCGAUAUUUAGUUAAAUAUAGUUUCAAAAGACAUCAGAAAUACCGUGUUAUAAAAUUCAACCAUUGCUCAAUUUUUCUUUAAGUUGGGAUUUUCUUUAUUCAAAAAUAAUUAUGGCAUUGUGAAUUACCUGGUACUCAUAUUUAAAAUUCAUAGAGAUAUGGACUGAGAGGAUAUAGACCAUGCAAACUACUUAGCUUCAAUGUAGAUGUUAGAGAAUAAUAGAGAGAGAAUACGAAUCAUUUGCUUUACCUAGCUUAAUAAAUUCUUCAUCUGAGUUAGCCAACUAUCUUACUUUUAAGGAGAGGAAAGGGCUUUUGAAUCUGGUCAGAGCGGAAGUAAUCUUGAAGGGUAAUUGGCUAGACUAUUGAUUCAUGUAGUGUUAGGUAAAUUUAUAUCUGAGUGGUUUAACUAAAAAUUAGUUGCCUGGCUUUAUUCUAUAUGUAGGUGAAAAAUUCCAAGGAAUGACUUAAGAGAGACCAUAAUGACACUAUUGCCAAAUAUAGUGUAGUGGAAAUAUAUUUCCACAGGUUCUCUAACAGCUGAUAAGCAUUUUUCUUAUAUGCUGUUUAACACCAAAAUUAAAUAUACCUUUGCUUUGAUGAGAUAUACAGUAAUCUUUUAUCAAAGCUAAUAAGAGGAAGCAGUGAUGAUCAUUUUGAAAAAAUUAUUUUUGAAACAGGCUUAUCUGCUCUGCAAUUGUCUUCAAAUUAUGGCUUCCUUAUUUUAUUUGAAGACUACUAUAACAAGAAUAAUAUCCAGUCUUUUUAUUCUGAGCAAGAUUCUUCAGUUAGCGGUGGUCAUCAAGUAUAUGAUAUGCUGUAUUUUAAGUAAUUGAGAAGGAUAGAUGCUUAAGUGAUACGUGUAUUUAAAAUGGAACAUGAAAGAUAGAAUGAUGGAAUGGAGCUGAACUUUAAGCCUACAUAUAUGGUGGGUAGCCAGAGGAAAGGAGAGCUAAGGUGAGAGAAAAAUGUUGAGAAAAACCAGGAUUCUGUGGGAGUUUUUUCCCUGCAUAGAUCCUGCAUUCUAUAGAUAAGCAUGUUUUUGUAUUAGGAAAACUGCUAAAAUAUAUUCUAAAACUAAAUGAUAAACUUACUAAACAUUAAAUAUAAUGCGUUGGGAGAAGUCCAAGUAUCUUAAGGGUUAAAAUCUGCAUGUAGCCAAAGGAGAGCUGAUUUAUCUAAUUAUUUAGUUUUUUACUUUCAUUAUUAACAUGGAACAACAGUCUAACCUCAUUAUAUUUCAGGUGAUUGGUACUGGGACCAGUUUUUAUUUAACAUUUUUUAUAAAUGAUUUAAAAAACAGACUGGCAGUAAAAGUUGCCAGGUUUGCAGCUGACAGAAAGUUAAAAGCCAAGCCAGCAAGGAGAAGCUACAGGAACAUUCUUUGAUCUUAUAAUCAAUGGAUAAAGUGGGGAAAAUGUGGAAUAACUUCAAAUACAGGUGUCAGAAUUUCUUCAGUCAUGAGGGAGGAAGCCGUAGUGAAAAUGUGGACAUGAACUCUAGCAGAUGUUUGCCCGUGAGAGAGAAAAACAGCAGUAUGGAAGACUCCGCUCCUCAGCAACAAAGUAGUCCCUUAAGAGAAAACAUUGCCUUACAACUGGGAUUAAGCCCUUCAAAGAAUUCUUCAAGGAGAAACCAAAACUGUGCUACUGAAAUUCCUCAGAUUGUUGAAAUAAGCAUUGAAAAAGAUAAUGAUUCGUGUGUCACCCCAGGAACAAGACUUACAAGAAGAGAUUCCUACUCUCGACAUGCUCCAUGGGGUGGGAAGAAGAAACAUUCCUGUUCUACAAAGACACAGAGUUCACUGGAUACUGAUAAAAAGUUUGGUAGAACUCGAAGUGGACUUCAAAGGAGAGAGAGGCGCUAUGGCGUCAGCUCUGUACAUGAUAUGGACAGCGUGUCCAGCAGAAGUCGCUCUCUGAGACAGAGGUUGCAGGAUACUGUGGGCUUGUGUUUUCCCAUGAGAACUUACAACAAGCAGUCGAAGCCUCUCUUUUCUAAUAAAAGAAAAAUACACCUUUCUGAAUUGAUGCUUGAGAAAUGCCCUUUUCCUGCUGGCUCAGAUUUAGCCCAAAAAUGGCAUUUGAUUAAACAGCAUACAGCCCCUGUGAGCCCACAUUCAACAUUUUUUGAUACAUUUGAUCCAUCCUUGGUUUCUACAGAGGACGAAGAAGAUAGGCUGAGAGAGAGAAGACGGCUUAGUAUUGAAGAAGGGGUUGACCCCCCUCCCAAUGCACAAAUACAUACAUUUGAAGCCACUGCACAGGUCAAUCCGUUGUAUAAACUGGGACCAAAGUUAGCUCCUGGAAUGACUGAAAUCAGUGGAGACAGUUCUGCAAUUCCACAAGCUAAUUGUGACUCAGAAGAGGACACAACCACCCUGUGUUUGCAGUCACGUAGACAGAAGCAACGUCAGGUAUCUGGAGACAGCCACGCCCACGUCAGCAGACAGGGAGCUUGGAAAGUCCACACACAGAUUGAUUACAUACACUGCCUCGUGCCCGAUUUGCUUCAGAUUACAGGUAAUCCCUGUUACUGGGGAGUGAUGGACCGUUAUGAAGCAGAAGCCCUUCUCGAAGGGAAACCUGAAGGCACAUUUUUGCUCAGGGACUCUGCGCAGGAGGACUACCUCUUCUCUGUGAGCUUCCGUCGCUACAACAGAUCCCUGCAUGCCCGAAUUGAACAAUGGAAUCACAACUUUAGUUUCGAUGCUCAUGACCCAUGUGUAUUUCACUCCUCCACUGUAACAGGACUUUUGGAACACUAUAAAGAUCCCAGUUCUUGCAUGUUUUUCGAACCAUUGCUUACUAUCUCACUAAAUAGGACUUUCCCUUUUAGCCUGCAGUAUAUCUGCCGUGCAGUAAUCUGCAGAUGCACUACAUAUGAUGGCAUUGAUGGGCUGCCUUUACCAUCAAUGUUACAGGAUUUUUUAAAAGAGUAUCAUUAUAAACAAAAAGUUAGAGUUCGCUGGUUAGAACGAGAACCAGUCAAGGCAAAGUAAACUCCCUUGUCCCAAAGGGCAUUAACUAGGUCUGCUUUUACAUGCAUCAGACAGUACACCUAUAGCAAGCACACAUAUCAGUGUUAGGUUUUUUUCAGUACAGUACGUAAGCUUAGUGUUAGUAUCUGUCAGAUGCGAUCUGCUGUUACUCAGAAAAACUUGGUGCCUAUUAAGACAACAGGAUAGAACUACACGUGUUCAGUAAGCCUACAGGAACAUUUUGCCAAUUUAGCUAACCAUUUGGUUUUUAAUGGCUGUAGUAAUUGAGUGAGGCAACUCUGGGGCAUUUGCUAUGAAGAAUUCUAUUUCUUACUGAAGAACAAAUUGUUAAUAUUGGAUGAGUAUUUCAACAGUGUGACUAAUGUUUGAAAUUAUUAUAUUUUCUAAAAAUUUUUCUAUGACCUUCCAAAAAGUAGUGGUGUUCAUAGUUACUAUAAAUCAAGCUUUGGAAGUCCAAAAAAUAAAGACUGCCUUCCUUUGGGGGGAAAAAUGCAAUUAUCUGGCCACAAGGGCAUAGUGCAGUUCACUUAAGUGUUGGUAGAGUUUAUAGUCAGUCUCCUUUUCUCUUCUGCAAAAGGUACUGUUAAGUAAACCAGGUGUUCUAAAUAGUAGUUCUUAAAAUUUCAGAUGUAUAAAGUUGGUAGGAGACUUUUAUUUAAAAGCCUUAGGUAUUAAUUUUUUUAAUGAGUGCUUUAACUUAAAACACAUUAGGAAUAGCUACUGCAGUGUAGUCCUGUGUGUGAUUUUUAAAGUUGACAUGUGCAGUUUAAUCGUUGAUUCAUUAACAUCGGAUCUUUUCCUAUGCCCAUGAUGAGUUUGUGAACCAUGGAGGAAAUAAGACUAGAAGAUGCCCAAACAAGUCAGAUAAUAACUACAGUGGUUGCUGAUGUUGAGAUUAUUGUUAAACUGUAAUAAUUUGGAUGGCAGUAUUUAUCUCUUUGUUGUAAACUCUCAUAGCUGAAUUGCUUAAGUACAAUUUAUAGAAUUUCAGUGCAGUUAAUUUUUAAUGGAAAAUCUGAAACCUAAAUUGCAGAUUUAAAAGGUACUGUACAACCAUUGUAUCUGUAAAUAACUAUACUUAGCACCUUUUUGUCACUUAGAAUAGUAUGCAAUACUACUUGAGUGAGCUAUUUUGGAAGUAAUGCCAAGUUCUAGUGUUUGCUUCUUAGAAUUGAACUGAAUUUAUAGUUCUGUCCUAGACAUUUUGCACUAAAGUAGUCGAAUUCAUUCUUGUGUCUUUCGUUAAUGUGCUCUGUACCACUGGUGAGUGCUCCUUAGUUUCCUUACCUGCUGCUACAGAAAGUUAUUUUACAUCCUGAUGGCUACUGCCAAGGCUACAAAAAAGAAAAGCUAUAUUUGUAUGCAACACUAACCCUUUGACUGCUAAUAUAUGUUUCUGCUUGCUGUGCCUUGUUAUGGCUGCUUUUUUGUGCUAAUAAAGUAUGUUUGGUGUUCUCCUUGUAUAUCUGCUGUUUUAUACAUUUGCAACAAUUUCUCUUGUAAAUGGAAUGGUUUGGGGUUUUUAAAUAAGCAUUACUUGACAACCUACUAUAGUCAAUGCAGAAUUACUGUACAGCCUUUGUUGACUUAUUCCGAGUAAGCUAACUCUAAAUUUAAUGCUGUAUAUCUUUCCAAUCAUAAUUACAUAUACUGUGGAACAGUAUCCAUACUUACUGCAAAUUACUGUACAGUUUAGAUUAUAACAAAAAAUGAACAGAGAAAUAUUGACUAAACCUAUUGAUUUCUCUGCUUAUAAGUGAAAAAUUGAAACUAUCGAUGACAUGUCAUAAUAAAUGAGUAUCUGUAGCCUCCCACUGCACCAGAAACAAGUUAAAUGAAGUCAGUGCCAUUUAUUGGUUUGGGGACCAUUUUGAUGAAUAAUAAAUGCCCAAAAUGUAGAACUUUAACCAAAGAUUUGUCCAUUUUAAAACAAAAUGGGGAUUGAAGGGACUUAGAAUUCCUGUUAUUUCUAAUAGAAGUCCCUGAAGAACAUAUACCAAAGUGUUUGAGAACUUCAUCCAAACCUACUUUAAAGCAUUAUGUGCAAUUAAGUUGUUAUGACAUAAUUAUACUGCAUAAUUGUUGGGUUCGUUUUCUUGAGCUUAAAAUGUACCUGGAAAGUAAACCUCUUGGGGGAAAAAAAAGUCCAUACUGCUUUUUGGAGAAGGACUAUAUAUUUGCAAGCAAGAUCUUGUUUUAAAGAGGUAACUUGAAACUCUAUGAAAGCACUUGAUGUUUUAUAUGCUUGUAGCAAAUUGAUGUUCUAAUUGUAGUUUUAUAGAAAGUAUCAAUGCUUUUAUGUAUUUCAGAACUUUCAUAUGUUAAAUGGAAAUUGUUUUAAAUGUGUAAAUAUUUGAGUUUAUGUAAGCAUGUAUACACUGUGCUAAAAGUCACUUAUGUUUCAGUUUGUGUGUAAUAUUAAUAUGCAACAUUUGGUUUAAAUUUUUUUCUUAAAAUAUCAGUGGCUUAACGUUUUAAAAAAGAAAAAUCACCAGCAUGAAGUUGCACCUAAGUCUAUAUUCACUGUGUCUUUUUCUGGAUCCCAUUGUAGUCUGUCAACUAAAUUUGUGUUUUUGUGGUC